AAUCAAAAUCUAACUUCCUUAAUUGGAACGGUAAGCACAGAAAGCUGAAACUUACGUACAAUUAGAAAAAAAACAAGGCAGUAGAAGGGCCCAUCACGUGCUUUCUUCUCCUAUCUAACCCCAUCACACUCUCAUUCUCUCCAUCUGGGGGUCUCCACUCUUGAUCCAGAGACUAUCUCGAGAAUACUCCGUUUUGAUUUGAUUCAAAUCCACGAUCUUUUUUGUAUGAUAUCAAAUUUAAGUUUGAUUCGCAAAUUCCCAUGUUCUAGACAGUAUGUCAAACAUCAAGGACAAAUGCAUUCUCUUGGCUCCUGGUGAUUAUAAAUUCUUCAAGUCCCAAGUUCCCCUUCACAAAAUCCCUGUUUUUUCUAAACAAUGGAGAUAUUAUGAUUUUGGUCCAAAGGUGGUUCCUCCUCUUAUUUGUAUUCCUGGUACAGCAGGAUCAGCUGAUGUAUACUAUAAGCAAGUAAUGGCUCUGUCAAUGAAGGGUUAUAGGGUCAUUUCUAUUGAUAUCCCUCAUGUUUGGAAUCAUCAAGAGUGGUUUCGAUCAUUUGAAAAGUUCUUGGAUACUAUUGAUGUUCAUCAUAUUCACAUUUAUGGGACAUCUCUGGGGGGGUUUUUGGCCCAAUUGUUUGCUCAACAUCGUCCAAGACGAGUCAAAUCAUUAGUUCUCUCAAAUACAUUCUUGGAUACACAUUCCUUUUCAGCCGCCAUGCCUUGGGCUCCUAUUGUGAGCUGGACACCAUCAUUCCUUCUGAAACGAUAUGUCUUGACGGGUAUUCGUGAUGGCCCCCAUGAACCAUUUAUUGCAGAUUCCGUUGACUUUGUUGUAUCUCAGGUUGAAGCACUUUCAAAAGACGAUUUGGCAACCAGAUUGUCUCUAUCGGUUGAUUCUGCUUCAGUUGGACCUCUUCUGCUGCCAGAUGCGUCAAUAACUAUAAUGGAUACAAAUGACUAUUGUGCGAUCCCACAGUUGCUUAAAGAUGAAGUAAGCGAAAGGUAUCCUGGAGCAAGGCGAGCAUACUUAAAAUCCGGUGGUGAUUUUCCAUUCUUGUCACGCCCUGAUGAAGUUAAUUUGCAUCUUCAGUUGCAUCUUAGACGUGUUGGAGUGGAGCCUCGACCAGACUUGGUUCGAGGUGCUCUUCAACCUCCUAUUUUUGGUAACAACCCCAAUGACGAAAAAUGGAGAGUAAAUGAUCUCCGAUCCGGAGAUGUUGGAAGCUCGAAAGAUCGUUCAAACAGUGAACUCCAAGAUGAUGAUGAAAACAACCCACCAAACAAUGACGAACAAGAAGUAAUUGACCUACUCGAGGGAAUAGAAGACAGUUGUAAAGGUCCAUUAAGAGGUGAUGAUGGAGACGAUAAGGAUGAUCCACCGGGAGAUGAUGGAGGUUACUCUAGAGGUCCAUCGACAAGCAACGAAGCAAGAAACACCGAGGAACCACGUCAGGAUUCUGUUGAAAGCUCCUGAGACUCCUCAAAGAAUCGUGAAAGUAAAAAUGAUGAAACUCCUAAAGACUCAGAGAGCGGUGUCUUGUCUUCUCUUGCAGAAGGCACAAAACAAAGUUCCUCGAAUAAGCAAAACUCAGGUAGUCAGGUUACUGUAAAGAAUCAACUAUAUCAGAGUAUAAUGAAAUCAGUAAUGAACUUUCCAGAAAUAAUCCACACAAAAUUGAUUGAGUAUAUUGCUGUGAAAAAUCAGAGUAACAAAAGUAUACCCCACUUCGAGAGGAGGCUCUCUCCAAAAAACAAACUCAAUAACAAACUUUCUGAUGCCCAUUAUAAUCCAUGCCUCAAGUAUUUAAGCAAACAGAAAUAACAAACUAAUGACAUCACUCACAAAAAUAAUGACAUCAUAAAAUAUUCAAAAUAUUAAUUAACUAAUUCUUAUCUGUCCUUUUC